CAAGUCUCGACCGAUAGCCCACCCCGACCUCGAGCUCAUCGUCGCUUUCGCCGACACUGUCCUUCUCAACUACCACCCACAUAGCAACGCCGACAUAUUGCUACAAUGUCCGAGCCCCAGCCGUCAACUCACGCUGAUAUCAUUCAGAAAAUCCCUACAGCCUUCGAAAGCGCAAGAGAAUCCGGCGAUCUGUUCUAUUUUCCCUCGACCGUCGUCAAGCAUAACGAACUGGGUGUUGAAUUCGAAAUCACACUAUGCCCGGCGUUGCAACAUAAGCCUGCUCUUCCCACUCCUCACUUUGAGAGCGUAGAAAAUGGUGAUGCUGGAACUCCCGCCAACAAGAAGUUCGACCCGUUCGCCCCUCCCUAUAAUCCUCAGCUGUAUGUGGGGGACAUUGUCGAUGAAUUGACGGAGGAUCGCUUUGCUAUCUUGCUCAAUAAAUACACCGUCGUUCCACAGCACUUUUUACUGGUGACCAAAGAAUUCUCCUCGCAGGCAUCACCUCUGCUUCCCUCCGAACUUGUCCAGACGUACCGCCUUCUGGCAGCUGCUCGCCAAGCGGGCAAACACUUCUUCGCCUUCUAUAACUGUGGAGAUAACAGUGGUGCCAGUCAGCCUCACAAGCAUGUCCAGUUCAUUCCCACUGCGACCGCCUCUGGGCCACCCAUCGAGACACUGGCGAGAAGGGCACAAAUAGAAUCCCAAGGGAGACCAUUCGCACUGACGUCUUUGCCAUACGCCAGUCACACCUUCCGCUUCCCACCAGAUCUAAGCUCUUAUAGCGCAGAGGAAAUAGAAGGAAUUCUUUCCAGCGCCUUUAUGCAACUACUCGACCUCACCAUCUCAACCAUCCGACACGACCCAGAUUACCCUACCGGACGCCCUUCUUACAAUGCCAUCUUGACCCUGGACCACCUCCAUCUCAUCCCUCGCAAACAAGAGAAUCACACACUGUCGAAUGGAGAGAAGCUUUCUGUCAACUCGUUGGGUUUCGCAGGGAUGCUAUUGGUGAAGAGUGAUGCAGAGUUGGAAGUCGUCAAGCAGGAGACGGUUGGGAAGAUUCUCAGGGGCGUAGGCCUGGAGAGUGUACACGAUAUCCAGGUGGCGGGAACUUGCGGAGAGCCACCGGCUACGGCUGUCCUGUAG